CGGAGGCCACAGCGCCCCCUGUCUGCGCUUCCCCCGCCGCGCGCUCCGCGGCCAGCCGCAAAUGGCUCUGGAAUCGCGAGCUCCUUUGUGUGAAGCACACUCGGAGCCCGGCGGCAGCGGCGCACGGCGAGUCCCUCUCCUCCAGCCGGCCAGCCGGCGACGCGGGGUAGCCUUUCCCGAGCCGGAGCCCGGCUUCACUUCCCCUCCGGACGGCUCGACGGGAGCUUUCGGCUCGCUCUGGUCUUGACUCUUCGAGGUGGGGGAAGACGAGGAAGAGCUCCGAAAGGAAGCCGUCGAAAAAAGAGGGCGGCCGGCCGGCCGAGCGGGCGGGCGAGGGAGCGAGAGAGAGAGGCAGGCAGGCAGGCGGGGAAGGAGCAGAGAGGCGACCGCCCCCGAGCGAGCGAGCGAGCGUCGGAGCCCCAUGCCCGGAGCUUUGGCAAGUCGCGUUGGGGGGCCCCGAGAGAACUCCUCGAAGUUACCUGCCCGGCCGUGAGAGGAACCCUUCGCCGCGUCCCUCGCCGGCCUCGGGCUGCGCGCAGGACCCGGGGCUCUUCGGGAGAGUUUCGCUCCCCUCCUCUCUUUCUUCUCUUGCACCGACCGCAAACGGAUGUGAGGCAGGGAAGGUGUUUCUCGUCGCUUUUGGCUGCUGCUGCUGCUGCUGCUCCUCAACUCGGGCACCUCGGUCUUCUCGGGCGCUGCUUGGGGGGUGCCUCCCUCCCCUCCCCACCAGCUCGCUCUCUGGCUUUUUUUCCCUUCUUUUUUGCAUCAACAUAAACACAAAAGAGGAAAGACCCGGAGUUUGCUGAUGUUUUAGUGCAAUGGACGUAAGAUUUUACUCGCCUCCUCCUCCUCCACCACCACCAUCCCAGUCCGCGGCCGCUCCGGAGACCCCUUGCCUGGGACCUUCUCCGUGCUUGGACCCCUAUUAUUGCCACAAGUUUGACGGAGAAAACAUGUAUAUGAGUAUGACAGAGCCGAACCAGGAGUAUGUGCCAGCCAGCCAGUCUUUUCCUGGCCCAAGUCUUGAAAGUGAAGAUUUUAACAUACCUCCUAUCACUCCACCAUCAUUACCUGACCAUUCACUUGUGCAUUUGAAUGAUACAGAAUCUGGUUAUCCUUCACUUUGUCACCCUAUCAACCAUAAUGGCCUGCUCCCAUUCCAUCCUCAAAACAUGGACCUGCCUGAAAUUACAGUCUCCAAUAUGCUUGCCCAAGAUGGAACACUGCUUUCAAAUUCACUGUCUGUGAUGCAAGAAUUACGGAAUACAGAAGGAGCUCAAUAUGGUUCUCACCCCCAGAUAGCAGCUAUGAGACCAAGGGUUCAGCCGGCAGAUAUGAGGCAGCCGGGAAUGAUGCCACAUGGUCAGCUGACUACCAUUAACCAGUCACAACUAAGUGCUCAGCUUGGUUUGAAUAUGGGUGGAAAUAGUGUUCCCCACAACUCUCCAUCUCCUCCUGGAAGCAAGUCAGCAACUCCUUCACCGUCUAGUUCUGUUCAUGAAGAUGAAGUGGAUGAUACUUCUAAGGUCAAUGGGGGAGAAAAAAGACCUGCCUCUGAUAUGGGGAAAAAACCCAAGACUCCCAAGAAGAAAAAGAAGAAAGACCCUAAUGAGCCACAGAAGCCUGUUUCUGCCUAUGCAUUAUUUUUCCGAGAUACCCAAGCUGCCAUCAAGGGUCAAAAUCCAAACGCUACCUUCGGUGAAGUUUCGAAAAUAGUAGCUUCUAUGUGGGAUGGCUUGGGAGAAGAGCAAAAACAGGUAUAUAAAAAGAAGACUGAAGCUGCUAAGAAGGAAUAUCUGAAGCAGUUAGCUGCAUACAGGGCAAGCCUUGUAUCCAAGAGCUACAAUGAACCUGUGGAUGUUAAGGUAUCCCAACAACCUCAGAUGAUGAACACAAAGCAGCCAGUAUUCCACGGAUCUACGCAGCCUCAUUCAGCCUUGUAUCUAAGUUCCCACUACCACCAACAAGCAGGGAUGAAUCCUCACAUAACAGCCAUACAUCCCAAUAUUCCUCGGAACAUAGCGCCUAAGCCAAACAACCAAAUGCCAGUGACUGUUUCCAUAGCCAACAUGGCUGUGUCUCCACCUCCAUCACUUCAGAUGAGUCCUCCCAUUCACCCGCAUCUCAGUAUACAACCACACCAGCCACUUACAAUGCAGCAGUCAAUUGGAAACCAGCUACCAAUGCAGGUUCAGUCAGCUUUGCAUUCUCCUACACUGCAACAAGGUUUUACUCUCCAGCCUGAUUACCAGAAUAUUAUCAACCCAACAUCUACAGCUGCGCAAGUUGUUACCCAAGCAAUGGAGUAUGUUCGUUCAGGGUGCAGAAAUCCCCCAGCACAAAGUGUGGACUGGAAUAAUGAUUACUGCAGUAAUGGGGCCAUGCAGAGGGACAAAGCAUUGUACCUUACCUGAACACGUUUUGGUGUAGCACCUCUUCUAUCCACUGAGGAAUGCAGGGAAGUCGCUCCAUCACAGACUGCUUUAUGCAGUCAAGGCAGUUGAGCAUCUAUUUAGAAAAUAUAAGCUGCUAAGCACUUAGGACUAUUUGAUCUGGUGGGUUAUUCACUCUGGGAAAAAAAUAUUAGUCUUGCUCCUUCCUCCACCCCUUUCUUUCUUUUUCUUUCACCUUCCACAUCCUUUAAUGGACGUUGCUUUUCUUCAUUCCUUAAAGGAAGGAGGCCUGGACCAUUCAGAUCUUAUGUUGGUUUUAUUUUUGCUGUGAAGUGCUGCGCUAGUAACUGCCUUAGCAACUGUAGAUGUCUUGGAUAAAAGUCCUGGAUUUUCCAUUGGUUUUCAUAAUGGGUGUUUAUAUGAAACUACUAAAGACUUUUUAAAUGGCUUGAUGUAGCAGUCAUAGCAAGUUUGUAAAUAGCAUCUAUGUUACACUCUCCUAGAGUAUAAAAUGUGAAUGUUUUUGUAGCUAAUUGUAAUUUGAAACUGGCUCAUUCCAGUUUAUUGAUUUCACAAAGGGGGUUAAAUUGGCAAACAUUCAUAUUUUUACUUCAUUUAUAAGCAACUGACUAAUAGUUCUAUAUUUUCAGACUCUUUGAAAGGAAAAAAAAAGGAAAAUUAUUCCCAAAUGAAUUUAAUUAAACAGAAAUUGGCUCUGUGUCGUUAUACAAAAAAAAGAAGUCUAGUGUUGGGAAAAGAGCAAACACAUUUAUUUUGUACUGCCUAAAACUGCUUUUUUAUCACUUUAUGUGUAACAGUUAGUAAACGUCAUUUACGUCCUCUUAUGUAUAAAACUGCCAAAUGCUUUCUUGAUAUUUUAUUAGAUGCAGAAACAGAUUGGAAACAGCUAAAUUAUAACCUUUACAUAUGGCUAUGUAUUAUUGUUUCUUCAUACUGUGUCUGUAUUUAAUCUUUUUUUAUGGAAGCUGUUGCGCCUAUUUAUGAAAUAAUAAAUAUAGGUGUUUGUAAGUAAAUUUGUUAGCAUCUUAAAGAGGAAUUUUUUAAACUACUUUUUUUGGCAUCAAUGUAUUUGCUGCUGGCGUGAACACAUUUAAUUUUUACAGGGUUAAGAGUAAAGCCAAACCAGCUUUUUUUUCUGGCAGAAAAGAAAGGUUAAUCAGCAUUUAUUCUGCACUUCAUAUGUUGAUCUAGGACCAUAAAGGAGAAGAAAGUGAAGGAGAUGGGAGCUAAGUCCUUAAGAAAUGGCUUUGUUCCUUUGGUCGUGUUUUGAGAAAGCUUCUCAUGUAACAUUCUAUUUCUUAAAAAAAAUAUUGCUAAAUAAGGAGAGGUAAAGAGAAUAUCACACACAUGCUGUGAACAGGCACUUCUCUGUGCUCUACUCCGAAGGGACACUUUCUACAUAUUCAUGGGGGUUCCAGGCACAAGUCACUCUCCUGCCCCUAGCUGGCAAGAAAGAAGCCCCUGCAUGUGGACAGCACCACAGAAAGCAAUGCCAUGAUUUUAGAUGGAUGCCUUAAGCUUUCACAGAGCAUCUUCCCAAAAGAUUUUACAGAGCUCAUAUGGCAAAAGACUACUAAGAUUCAAAUUUACCAAAAAUACUUCAGUGAUGAAGGCAACAACAGUUAUGGCAUUAUCAUUAUGAGUAAGAAGUAGCAGAAACAGGACCAAUUCACUGCCUCCUUAGCAACCACUUGAUGGCUCCAGAGCAGAAUAGUGGAUAAGAAAAGCCAAAACCAGGUCUCUUAAAGGCUUAGAUCAGGGGCAGUGUUGAGUAAAUCAUCUUGAGGUAAGGCUAUGGUGGAUGCAAUCAGUUCCAUGAUUCUCCAUGCAGGAGUCGACCUCCCUAAGAAAGAAGGUACCUCUAGUUCUCCCACCAAUGUACUGAAUCCAUGUGAGAUAAACUGUCAUUUUCCAGUUCAUGUUGAUUAGUAGCUCUCUUUCCCCUCCCUUUUGAAAAUUUAUUUAGUCUAUAGUCCUCCCUCUCCUCAUCCCAAACAGUAUCAGUUUGGGAUGAGGAGUAUCAGUUACAUUUGGGGCUUCUGAUCAUUAUCUUUUGUCUACUUAUCCCAGACUAUAAGCUCUUUCAGGCAAGUAUUUCUUAGUGUUUGGGGAGGUUUACAAUAUGUUUUCUUCUCUUAAGCGAUGGUUACUAUGCUGACAUUUUCAAACCGGUCAACCAAUCAAAUUGAUAAAUCAGUUGGCUUCUAUUUCAGAUGUGAAAUAGAGACAUUGUACAAAACCAGCUCUACCCCAUGUAAAAUGCUUACAAAAAUAUGUUUGCAUUGAAAUAAAAAUUAGGCAAUGUACAAACUUGAAUCACUUGCGCAUGUAAUAACUAAGAAAUAAUGCAGAUCAGAUGUGAUUAUUCAGAUGGCUGUGGACGAGUUCUAAUUUUCUUGGCUUGAAUCCAUGUAGGAAUUCAUGAUUGCAUUCACAGUUUAUUGUCUUUAUGUUCAGUAGUUUAGAAAUAUACCAACAUUAAUAAUUAGCUAGUGUUUUGUAUUAAUUCUGUUAUGGUAAAACUUCAUUUCCCGCACAAAUUAAUUCUAUAAAAAGAGCAGGCAAUUAGUUUUUACAGGAAUUGACUCUGAGAGGAUUUAAUGGGAGAGUGUUGUAUUAUCAGCAUUUUCUUCUGGAGAGGUUGUGCUGUCACCAUUUAUAAAUUUCAUUGAGCAGCCAAGGUUCAAACUAGAAGCAAAUAUUAAUGUCAAUAAAAAGUAUGUCAUAAAUAAA